UCGUGAAGGAGGGAGGGCGCGGUCGUUGCCAAGGGAACCUCGCCAGGCCAGAGGGGCCUCUUCCCACGCGUUGCCUCAGAGGGGACGCCGUUGGGCUUUGUCACGCGCCGUUGUUGCGUGUCGCGUUCUUAGAAUGGAUACACGCGGAAAUGGCUUCCCGAGUGCAGACAUGGGCCCUCCUUGCAGGUGUUUUGGACUUCAACUCCCACCAUUCCUCACAGCCUCGGGCCCCAGAAGGGCUGAAGCUGUGAGGAAUGGUGGGAGUUGAAGUCCAAAACACCUGCAAGGAGGGCCCAAGUUGGCCCAGGCCUGCAUUAGUGGGAUCCAGACUUGGAAGAAGGCCCUGAAAGGUUCUUCACAGAUCCUGCAGUGCAUUUAUGUGGUCAAUGUCCAGCAAAAAUUGGCCACAGACUCAUAUUGGAGGACCUGAAAAUCCCUAGAAAGGUUUUCUCUCAGGGACAACAGAGAUCUUACAUUUGAGAAAUGAAGUUUAUUUCUGGAAUUCAUCGCAAUGCACUGGCAUACUCCAUGACCACAUUGGGCGCUGGAAUGAUGAAUAGUAUCUUCAGUUUCUAUUAUGUUAAACUUUUUCUAAAUCGAUACAAAAUCUCAGAAACCGCAUUCCAUCAAGCACAGGUUGUUUUUAUGAUCUGGAAUGCCAUUAAUGAUCCUCUCUUUGGGUAUAUACAAGAUAACUCCAGAGUACCGUGCUGCUCUAGACGCCAGUUUUCCAUUCUGUAUGGUGCUCCGUUGUAUGCUUUGGCCUUUCUGCUUCCUUGGUUUCCUUGGAAACAAUAUGAAGAUGAUGACUGGCUUAGCGGGCUUCAUCUUAUUGUUGCUUUGUGCGCUUUUGACGGCCUGCUUACAUUUGUUUUACUAGCACAAUGUGCGCUUUUUGCUGAAAUUUCCACUCGACAUGAAAGUAGGCUCCAGCUGAUUAAGUAUAACCAGGUGGCAAGCUUAGUUGGAUCUACCAGUAUCCUUUUCUGUGGUUUAAUUACAGAUAAUAUGGAGAACUUUGUCUCUUUCCAAGGCUUUACAGUUCUAGUUGGAGUUAUCGCAACAGCUUGCAUGUGCUACACUGGACUCUACAGCACAACUGAGUAUGAACAAAAGGAGACUCUUGCAGAAGGGGUUGCUUCAGAAAGCACUGAGAGGUCUCUGUCUUGGCAUUCUAUAAUUUUGUUGACCAGGCAGAUCAUGACCCAGAAAAACUUCUUGCUUUUUGUGACCAUGAACUUCUUUCAAGUCUUCCACCUAGCCUUUUGCAACAAUUUCAUGAUGAUCUUUGCAGAUAAUCUAAUCCCCCAAGAUGUUCUUGCAUCCUCUGUCAGAAGUAUCAUGUACGGAGCAGGCUUUAUUUGUCCUCAGUGCCUUGUGCUCAUCAGUCAAACUUUGUUGCGGAAGUUUGGUUACUAUAAGAUUGUCCUAUAUUCCUUCUACUUAGAAGGGAUGGCUGCAGCUGCCAUGUUUUAUCUAGGCCUAGAACACUACUACCUUCUGGCUGCCUAUCUUACAGGAAAUAUGGUAAUUGUUCAAGCUGCCUUCAGUUUGUUUAAUCUGCCUUUGGCUGAUAUUGUGGAUGAAGAUUUAAAAAAACAUAAAAGAAGGUCACCACUUUCUUCUAUGGUCUUUGGAACAAACGCCCUGUUUACAAAACCAGCCCAGUCUUUAGCUCCUAUGCUUGUGGUUACAAUACUAAAUCAGUUUGGAUACGCACAACUGAAUAACAAAACCAUUCAGCCUGACCCACUUUUGUUUCUAGGUCUCCCUGAUGCCAUGUUCUAUAUGAUUUGCCUAAUUCCUCUCUGCAUUGCAGUCAUACAGAUUUUGAUAUGGACACCUUUUUCUAUCCAAAAUAGCCACCUAAUGCACUAAAUUGUAAACAUGGCCUUCGAGGGACCAGGCACUGAAUUUCACACAAUAGCCAAUGACAGCUGUGAACUCAAACAUUGGACUUCUUUGUAUCUUUGGACAUAUAGAUCAAAUGCAACCUGAGCCAUUUAUUGGUUAAUUGUUAGCCCUGGAAAUUCUAUCACUGAUUAUCAUGACAUGAAGUAAGUAUCUCUUUCUAGCUGAGUAACUGAAGAUGUUCAGGGUCUCCAAAAGACUUGAGGAAGACACUAAAAUGCUGCUAUGUCAUAUUAAAGUUAGUGGUAAACUGGACUUCUGUGAGCUACCUCCAUAUCCUCAAAUUGGAUUCCUUUUAGAGUAUGUAAAGGCCCACAAUAACCUCAAAAGGGUGCAUUUGAAUAUUCUGAAAAUCUGGAAUGUUACUUCCACAUGUGCAAAUUAGAUGUCAUCCCCCCCCCAGGAAAUAUAGAAAAAUCUAUUACAUUUCUCUCUUCCUAACAUCCAGUAUGAAAAACUCGAUAUGAUUUUCCUAAAUAAGAUACUUUGCAGGGAAGAAUUAAUGGCUGUAACCAUUUAAAGCAGAUGAGUAGAAGUUAUAAGAACUGUUUAGUAAAAAAACAAAAAUCAAGGGGAAACGUAAUUGAAGGGGAAUGAAGGUAGAUGCUUUGUGGAGGGCACAGACAUCAAUAUAUGUAUUUAGUAGGGGUUAUAUUAGAAACACUGCCAUUUGUCACAUUGUAAAAGAGGAAGUGGUAGGAAAAAGAAGCAGGUUAGUAAGUAGGAAAUCUGGGUGGAGAGCAGGCAUGUUAUUGCCUGAGACAAAGCAGACACUUCCACCAAGCCUGAAUCUUUUCAUAGAUAAUUCAUAAUGAAAGAAAAAGGGGUUUUGUUCUUCCUAAACAUGUUGCAAUAAAUUUGGAAAAUCCAACAUUUUGGGAAUUUUGGACUGUAAGACUACAAUAGUAGUCGUCGUUGCUGUUAUCAUGUGGCUUCAAGGCAACCCCAUGACUUCCAACAGCAUUUCCUUACAUAAGGAAUAUGUAUUUAUAAUGUACACACACACACAUGCACAUUUAGUAAUUAGAAGGUUUUGGACUUUUUGGAUAGUUUUAUCAAUGCAAAUAGGGAUAUAAUGUAUCAUUCUAGUGCUUUGGUGGUCCAACUGGAUUGCCUGACCAGUUUUAUUUAUAUUAUUUCUAAUAACUGAGAACUGUCCUUUGAAUUUGACUAUUAAAGACAUUUAUAAUUUUCAUCUUCUAGAUGGAAAUCACGCCUAAUGAAAAGGUAAUGCUACUUGAUAUGUCAUAAAGCCUAAAUUAUGAUUUGAUAAGUACUACCAUCCUUAUCUUAGCCCUGUAAUUUAUAUAUAGAAUCAUUUUACGCUGUAUAGUAGAGUAAAUGUCUAGACCAUUUAGCUGAAUUUUAAUACAACAUGGGAAGAAGAAAAUGACUUCUUAGAAAACUUGUUCACAAUGAGAUUUGGACUUUAUUUUGUUAUACAGCUUAACUCCAAUGGGAUUGCUUCUAAGUAGAUAGAUUAUUAAAUCCUAUAAGGACAACACUCCAUUACAGUCUAUAGACUCAACAAGUUCAUGUUAACAAAUGCUAGAUGAAUUAAAAAUCAAUUAGGUCAAAUCAAGCAGAACGUAUUUCAGACAUUUUUCCUAGUUAAGAAGUUUGUAGUUCUCUAAUCUCGACCAACAAAAAUUUGGAACGAGAUUCUAGCCCUCUAUGAGAUGGAAUAAAUCAUGUUAACAUUUUCCCUCAUGUCCCUGAUUGCUUAGUAAAAUGAAAUAAUUGACUAUUGAACAUGUAUUAAAGGAGAUCUGAUAGAAAAUGCCUACAUUAAAUUUAAAAUGUUGCCUUUAAACACUAAAAGUCAUAGAUCUGAGCAGCAUCUUUCAACCUAGGUUUAUAUGCACUGGACUAAACUGUUCAUAAAGCAAAAGUGCAUUUUAUUACAAUUAAUAAUGAUGGUACACAUGCCUGAUUAUGUUUAAAUGCAGUAAUAUGCCAAAUUUAUUUAUAUUUUUAUUUAUUUGUACUAAUGUUUCUGGUACCUUUCAUUUAUAUAUUAGAACAAAUUUAUAUUAAUGGCAUGCAUAAGGAAUGGAUUUUCAAGUUCAGAUUUUUUUUGUCCUGCACAUUUGUGGCAAUUAUUGUGGUGUUUUAUUUUGCACAGCUAACCAGCAGCAUCUCCUGCUCAUGCCCCAUUGAAGUGAGUAGGAGUUGUACAAGUUUGCUUGUGUUCUUUUAAAACAGUUUAACUUAUAAAUUAUGGAAAUCACUUUGGGAUUUUGUUCCAUUAAGAAUGUUUACUUGAAAAUGGAGUGAAGAUUUUAUUGUGUCUAAGUCUGUACAAAAUAUUUCUGUAUGGGAUUCUGAUUUGUUAAUAAAUAGGAGUAAUAUGUUCUAA